CGACCAACUGCAUUCACCCCGAUGUCCGAUCUCUUCGCGUCUCUGGACCUCUUCCUUUCCUCGACGGAGGACAAUGGAUGCGUCUGUUUCGACACCAAUUUAUCCGCGACCACUGAAAGUCAAGGUUGCGAGAUUCUUUCAAAGCAAGCGUCCAUCUCCACCCAAGAGCUUGACGGAGUCCUUGCCGACUUCGAGAGACGAAGUGGGGGAGGCGCGUCUUGGUUCUGCACUAUCGCGUAGUGCCGAUCGCAUCCCCCACAUGGCUGUCGCCAGCUCUUAUACCACGGAAUAUUCCGUGCAGCGAUCCACCGAUGGCGAGCCCGAAACGAGCCUUUAUCGUUUUGACUCACUCCAUCUACGCUCCCGAAGACACGACACACCUUUCGUUAUCUCAAUCCUCUUUAUGUCUGCGCUAUUUAUUGUCUCAAGUAUCCCUUCCCUAUAACGCAGUGUUGACCACUUGCCCGAUGUCACGACGUAUCAUGAUGUAUCUACGUGUUUAUGAAUACUGUAGGAAAGCUAGUAUCGCAUUGUACCAAUCAUUAGUAGUGUAGCUCAAUUGUUGUA